AUGCAUAUAUCUUGUGUACUUAGAAUUGUUUAUCAUGAUUUAUGUUCUGAUAAAGAACGAAAAGAAUUUAAUAAUGAAUGUAUGGAAUUUAUUAAAGCUUUACGUGAAGAAGAUGAUAUUCAAUCAAGAAUACAAACAAUAUCCGUUUUAUCUGUUCUUUUACAAGGUCCUUUUGAUACUGGUAAUACAAUAUUAGGUAGUCAAAAUUUAUUUGAUUUAAUGUUACAAAUGGCGAAUUCUAAUGAUCCAAUACAGGAACGUAUUGCAGUUGAAGCUAUUGUUUUAUCAGCAUCAAAAAAAUAUAAAGCAAUUGAUGUUAUACAACAAGGUGCUAAUAUUCUUAAAAAUCUUUAUAAAUCAAUGAAUGAAGAAGAUAUUAAACGUUUAUCAAAACUUGCAUCAAGUAAAGGUACCGAUGCAAGUACAAAUCUUGUUGCUGAAGGUUCAUGUCAAACACUUAGUCGUGCAUGUUGCAAAUUUUUAACAACAAGUCAAAGUUUUAAUAUUCGUCGUUGGUCAGCUGAUAGUCUUGCUUAUUUAUCAUUAGAUGCUGAUGUUAAAGAAGAACUUGUUGAUAAUCUCUUAGCAUUAAAAGCUCUUUUUAGUUUAUGUCAAUGUCAAGAUGCACAUAUUUUAUAUUUAAUAACAACAAUAUUUGUUAAUUUAACAAAUACAUAUGAUAUAAUUAAAGAAGUUAAAGAAAUAAUUGAAUUAGCUACUUAUACUAAACAACAUAUACCAAACGAACAUCCAAAAGAUGAUAAAACAUUUUUUGAUCAACGUCGAAAAAAAUUAAUUGAAGCUGGAAUUAUUCCUAUUUUAGUACAAUUAUGUAAACAUAAAAGUGAAAAUUGUCGUGAACAAAUAGUUCGAAUAUUUCUUGGUUUAUGUGAAAACGAAAAAUAUCGUGGAUCUAUUGUUGCUGCUGGUGGAGCUAAAGCAUUACUUCCACUUGCAUUAGAAGGAACAUCUAUUGGUAUGACAAAAGCAACUCAAGCAUUAGCUAAAAUUGCAAUAACAACAAAUCCAGAAAUAGCUUUUCCUGGACAACGUAUGCUUGAACUUGUACGACCAAUAAUAAAAAUUUUAAAAAUUGAACAUACAGCAUUAGAAAAUUUUGAAGCAUUAAUGGCUUUAACUAAUUUAGCUAGUAUUAGUGAAAAUGUUCGAAAACGUAUAUUAAAAGAAGAUGGAUUUUCAAGUAUUGAACAAUAUAUGUUUGAAGAACAUCCUUUAUUAAGACGAGCUGCUGUUGAAUCUGUUUUAUUAUCAUUAUCAUUGGAUCUUGAAUUUAUUAAAGAUUUAAAUUUAGAAAAUGAAGAACGUCAACAUUUAAAUAAUUUAAUUCAAAAUAAUCAAAUUAUAUAUUUACAAUAUCGAACUUUAUAUAUAAUUCGUAAUAUAGUUAAAGCAAAUAAACAACUUGCUAUACGUAUUGUUGAAACAGAAUUAAUGGAUAUUUUAUUUGCUCUUAAAGAAAUUAAAGAUGAUCAUCUAAUCAAUGAAAAUAAUCGUAAAAUAGCUUCGGAUAUUAUUGAAAUCUGUUUAAAAUAUGGCAUUAUUCAACAAAAUAAAGAUCAUACAAUCAAACAAGAAAAUGAAACUACUGCUACAAAUUAA